CGCGCCACCAGGAGCACCUCUUCCCGCAGCGCCAGCCCGGCCGCGCGUCCCCGCCCGCUCGCAUUUCCCCGGACGCGGCGGACGCCCGGCCCCUUCCUCCCUCACUACGAGCAUUUCUCCUGCCUGCUGCCGGGCUUUCGUCCCGUGCCUGUUUGUUUUCUUUGCGCGAUCUGCGCCGAGAGAAGCCCGGGGGGCGUUGCGUGACGUUUCCGGGCACAGCACCGAGACCACCGAGGCGGCCGGGCGCGCAGCAUGAAGAAGGCGGAGAUGGGCAGGCUCGGCAUCUCGCCGGACGAGGACAGCAGCAGCUUCAGUUCCAACAGCGACUUCAGCUUCUCCUACCCCGCCAAGCAGGCCGCGCUGAAGAGUCACUAUGCAGACGUCGAUCCUGAAAACCAGAACUUCUUACUUGAAUCGAAUUUGGGGAAGAAGAAAUAUGAAACAGACUUUCAUCCAGGUACUACCUCCUUUGGAAUGUCAGUAUUUAAUCUGAGCAAUGCGAUUGUGGGCAGUGGAAUCCUUGGGCUUUCUUAUGCCAUGGCUAAUACUGGAAUUGCUCUGUUUAUAAUUCUCUUGACGUUUGUGUCAAUAUUUUCUCUGUAUUCUGUUCAUCUCCUUUUAAAGACUGCCAAUGAAGGAGGGUCUUUAUUAUAUGAACAAUUGGGAUAUAAAGCUUUUGGAUUGGUUGGAAAGCUUGCAGCCUCUGGAUCAAUCACCAUGCAGAACAUCGGAGCUAUGUCAAGCUACCUCUUCAUAGUGAAAUAUGAGUUACCUUUGGUGAUCCAGGCAUUAAUGAACAUUGAAGAUACAACUGGAUCGUGGUAUCUGAAUGGCGACUAUUUGGUUUUGCUGGUGUCCCUGGUCCUCAUUCUUCCGUUGUCACUGCUGAGAAAUUUAGGGUAUUUGGGAUACACCAGUGGCCUCUCCUUGUUGUGUAUGAUGUUCUUUCUGAUUGUGGUGAUUUGCAAGAAAUUUCAGAUUCCUUGUCCUGUGGAAGUUGCUUUGAUAAUUAAUGAAACAAUAAAUAGCACUUUCACCCAGCCAGCUGGUUUUGCCCAUGGUGUGGCGUUUAACAUGACUGAAGAGUCCUGCAGACCGCGAUAUUUUAUCUUCAACUCACAGACUGUCUAUGCUGUGCCGAUUCUGACCUUUUCAUUCGUCUGUCAUCCUGCUAUUCUUCCUAUUUAUGAAGAGCUGAAAGGCCGCAGCCGUAGACGGAUGAUGAGUGUGUCCAAGAUCUCAUUCUUCGCCAUGUUUCUCAUGUACCUGCUCGCUGCUCUCUUUGGAUACCUGACGUUUUAUGAGCACGUUGAGUCAGAGUUGCUUCAUACCUACUCAGCUGUCAUGGGAACUGACAUCCUCCUCCUCAUUGUCCGCUUGGCUGUGUUAAUGGCUGUCACUUUGACAGUCCCCGUGGUCAUUUUCCCGAUCCGGAGUUCCAUGACCCACUUGCUGUGCUCAGCAAAAGGUUUCAGCUGGUGGCGUCACAGCCUCGUCACCGUGUCUAUCCUGGCAUUUACCAAUUUGCUUGUCAUCUUCGUGCCCACUAUCAGAGACAUCUUUGGUUUCAUUGGUGCAUCUGCUGCCGCCAUGCUGAUCUUCAUUCUGCCGUCUGCUUUCUAUGUCAAGUUGGUGAAAAAAGAGCCUAUGAAAUCUGUACAAAAGAUUGGGGCCGUGCUCUUCCUGCUGAGCGGCAUAGUGGUGAUGACGGGAAGCAUGGCCCUCAUUGUUCUGGACUGGGUCCACAACGCCCACGAAGGUGGCCACUAAUGGGCGCCCCUAAGACUCCGAUCAUCUGUUCGAUGCCAGUGUUGAGUCAACACUCAACUGCUGUGAAAUCUCACCUGUUUUCAGUUUCACUUCCUUGGGAAGCGCAGAGUCCUCGCUGGUCCUUCUGAGUGCAGAAUAAGUGAACUCUUGGGCUUGUUUUGUUUUUGGUUUUUUAAAGAAACUAUUCUGUGUGAUAGAAAUGGAUAUUAACAACAAAACCACGAGUCUUGGGUUAACGGAAGUGACAAUUUUAUUCCAUUCCAGAGAAUGGACAAACUCUUAACUUUUAUCAAGCCACAUGUUUGGCUGUGUCAUUGUUUAACUUGGAUAUUUUAUGAUUUUACUUGAAUGUGCCUAAUGGAACCAUUCGAUGUGAGAAACAAUUCUUGUUAAUUUACAGCAAAGUAUUGAGAUAACCAUUGAGAAAAAACACUAUUAUUUUUUGUACCAAAAAUAUUUAAAGACCUCAGAAGCACUAUUUUAUUUUUUAAAAAUUGCUUUUUUUUGAACUUUAUCCAAAAACGGUUGUCAAUAAAUUCCAUAAAAAAAUUUUCAUCGGUAUUUACAAAGAUACUAGUAUUGUGAAAUGAUUUGCCUUUUGUAGGCAUAAUAAGCCAAAUACUUUUUUAACCCAAAACAAUUUUUAGGUAAAAGAUUCAGUAAUGAAAAAUUGUACCCUGAAUAGGAGCAUAAUUUUUUCCAUGCAGACUUCACCAUUAAGGUACAACUGAUUGGUUAUCACUGCACCUGAUCAGAUGAACUCUCUGUUCAUCACUUUUCUCUGUCCCCAAAUAAUUUGGUUCUUUCAGAUUGAAAUAUUUGGCUUCUGUCUAAUAGAAUGGAAGAUACUGCAGAGAUUUCUGUGGGAAGUAAAAUAACUAAUUUUGAGGUACCAAAUAGUGCAAUUGGGUAAAACAGGGUUUAUUCAGUUGCACCUGUCUCCAGAGCGGUUCUGACGACUCUGGGUUUUUGGGCCAGCGCUUUCUUGACAUUGCUUCCAGCAGUGGGCAUUUGAUGGCAAUAGGCCAAAACUCUCCUUUCCAGAAAGUACAGCUUUCCACAUGUUCACCUGCCCCUGGAAGUGUGAAUUACUUGAUAACGCGCAUUCAUUGUGUCCACGUUGCGUCUACAAUAGAGGUCUAAUUCACAGGUCACGCCGAUACUCGGUAUAAUACAAGCUCUUUCCAUACAGGCCACUGGGUUUCUUGUGCAGAAAACUUUUUCAAAGACUCAUCUGCACUGGACCAUCAUCUCAUUCGUGUACAACAUAGAACUGUUUACAUCCAGCAGAUGUUGAGGGAAGACAGUGUGACCUGCAUAGGUAGUUGGUCCGACUGCAUGUUCACCCUUCAUUUCAAUCCCAGUUAGAAGUGAAAACGUAGCAGCUUUAAGAGUACACCUAUCGUACAUUACGGUGUAUGGUGAAUAUAUUAUUGAACAAUGUGGUACUUCGCUCAUUGGGCAUAAUGUCUAAGAUCUAAUACCCAUAAUUCCAUUAGUGGUUGAGGGAAGCAGAUACUGGAAUCAUCAGCUGGUCAUCUGACUCUAAGGUUUUCUCCUGAACCGAGCAUUGUAGGUUUUAGGUGAGGGCCAGAAAUGGGGCAGACAUGGGUUUUGUAUGCAUUCUUGUAUUACAUGUGACUAAACUACAGACACGUGUGUCUAUAGCCAGAGACCCUUUUGGAACUGGAAGAUGUCUUACGUACAUUGGGGAAACCAGUGGUCCGUUUUUGUUUCUUCAAAAAUAAUUGGGGACCAUCUAGAAAAGGCAGUGAGAAGACGGAUUUAAUUGGGCUUUUGGCACUCCAUUCGAAUCCAGAACCUCACCUCUGAUUCAGACCAAGAAUUGGCACUUCUGCUUCAGUUCCUGGGAAGAAUUGCUGAUUUUUCAUCUAAGAUCUGCCGGGGAAUACUACCAAGUAGACUUGUUCUCUGCAGUUUACAUCCUUUCAUGUGGGAGAAAACACCACAGAAACCAGGAGGAAUGAAAGAAGGAAUUCUUUUCUCACGGGAAAUCCACCUGUGGAGGCUCCUCCAAUCCUCUUUGGCUGUUUGAGGUUCAAAAUCGGCUGCUUAGGAUAGAGUCCAUUGCAUGAUUUUCCUGGAGCUGUCCUGUCUGCCUUGAGGUUCCUAAACAGUGAAUUCCCAUUGAUGAGCAGUCUUCAGUAUUAAAACCACUGUCGUGUCCCCUCUGUUUGCAUUGCUGUCUUCCACGGGUGUUUCAGUUGUAACUGUAAUGUUAUUUAUAGAACGGCAUUAAUCCAUUAAAGCUAACCUAUUUUUCAAUAUUUAUAAUCUUAUGUACAUACACUGUCCAUAUGUAUUUGUAAAUAGGUUGUAUAUAAUGUCAGGUUUGGGUCUUGGGUUCAAGUGUAUAUAUUCCUGUAAGUCUCUUACCUGCAUUUUGGUGAAUUCACACGUAUCUAUAAGAAUUAUCCCAAAAGUACCUGUACAGAGAUUUCAGUACAAAUUGACAAAUCGGGUGACUGCUAAAAUUUUUAAAUAUUGUUUAAAUUGUAUUUGCAAUCAGACUGGUUGAACAUCACAUUUUUCCAUGAAAACUUGGUGCAAGUUCAGAUUUCUAAAUUUUAAAUAAGUAUAAAUUUUCAAAGUGCAGUUGUUCCCCAAAUGUGAUGUAGUGUGAUGACAUCCAGUGUGAUGUGGUGUAGUGGGAGGUCUCCGAGAGCAAGGUGUGCUGACUUCCUGUAUAUAGUGUAAAUACCUGCUGUACUGUUGAGAGGCCAGCAGUCCCACUGACGUGGGCUGGGAGUGCUACACCGUUUCAAUGAAACAAUGUAUGUUUGUUUUAACUGAACUAAAAUAAACACAUGCUUCAUCCUGA